AUGAAUCACUCUGAAUGAAAAAACCAUUUCAUUUGUGACAAUAUGAUUUUUCGCGUAUACCAAAUAUUUAUUAUACGUAUGUAUACUAUGUUGAGCACAAUGACACCAUCAAAACAAUGCGAAGAAUUUCAAAGAAAGAGAAACCUAUAUCUUCUGAGUGUUAUCAUCAAUAGUUCAAUACGCAAUAAAUAUAUCUAAAAAUUGUCAAAUGUGUCACAUAAGAUAUUAUCCGCAACAGAUAAUCGUUCAGUUUCCUUUAAUCUUCCUUUAUAAGUUCUAAUAGAAGUUGAAUCGUUAUGUUCGGUGAAAUUCACUUUCCCUUCAUUUUUCUGGUAUUUUUCUUCGAUUUCUCAAGUGGAACUGGAAAUUUGCAUAGUAAUCCUAGUCAAGCUUCGAGCCCUGGUCAGAGGCAAGUAACACUUAGGAUUUAUCCUGUUGUUGUACCUUCCUAUGCUCAAUAUCCAAAACAAAAUUUUCUAUAUGCUGGAUACCCCUACGGAGUUAUCGAUCCUUUACAAGGAAAUCUAUUACCAGAUUACUUUCAGCGCGGAAAUAUAUAUCAAGGAAGUUUAAUACCAUACCAACAUGGGAAUUUUCUUGAGAAUUUACCUACCAGAAUAAUAGAUGUUGACGAAAGAGGCAACAUUAAGACUCCGAACAGGGACCCUAUUUUCUCCAUGCGACAAGAAAAUUCGAAAUCAUUACCAUCAACAGAAACUCAGGCCAGCCAGAUAGUGUCAUGAAUUACAACUUCGAAAACGGAGAAUUAGUGAAUCCCAGGAUGAAGGCAACAAAGCUCUCCAAGAAAAAAAAAUCUUCUAAACUUCUAGAUAAACACACUACGAGUGCUUCCAUUAAGAAUGACGAAGGCAAAAGUAAAA